AUGCUCUCCUUAUCUCUUCUUCUCCUCCUCCUUCUCCUCCUCCCCCUUCUCCUCUUGUUUCCCUCCAGCCUCAAGUCCCGAGUGGUUCAAGUCAAUCUGGCGAUCCUCGCGGCACAUCCACACGACCAUCCUCACGGUCAAGUUCUGCUGGGUGCGCUGCUGGGGUGGAAGGAGCUCAGAAACAGGAACGUCCUCUCAGUCACUUGCUACAAGACUUCAGCAGGAGCAGGAGGAGCAGGAGCAGGAGCAGGAUCAGGAUCAGACGAGGAGGUGAAGGAAGGGAUCAGGCAUACCUGCUCUCGGUGGGUGGCGAGCUCGGACGUCUCCUCCUCCUUGCUCGCUCGCAGGAUCAAUGCGGCUGGUACUCACAUCCUCCUUGACAUCGACGGCUGGUCGUCGGGCUCGUCAGGCCCACACCACGUCCUGGUCAACAGUCUCCGUCCCUCCUGCCUGUCAGUCGCCAUGCUCGGCGUCGUUGGCUCUACCGGGGUAGGACAUGCGUACGACUUCCUCCUCGGCGAUCCUGUUGCCUCGCCCCCUGAAUAUGUUUGA